CACACACUAGAGGUCCCCGGUUCGAACCCGGGCUCAGACAUGACAAUCAACUUCCGUUUUGCCUUUCACAAUCGCUGAAACCAAACCUUCCAAAUUCCUUCACAGUUAAGCAUUUUUCAUUUUUAAAACACCAUUUUGUUUUUCUGUCCAAAAAACCCUCUCCAAUAACAAUCUGUAAAGCUUCCUUCACGUAGAAAAAUAAUCUCUCCCUUUCCCUCACGAAACUUCGAUUUCUUUCUCCUCAGCUUCACUUCCUCGUAAAAGUUUCCUUUUUGCCGCUCCUUCCCCCUAGGGUUUCGUAUAGUAAGGAACGAGGGGAUCGAACAUAAUCAAAUCGAAUGGAUUGGGGAAACGUAACCGCAGAGGAUUUGAUCGACGCGCUUCGUGAAGUUGACUGGUCAUCACCGCCACGACCUCUCCCCGAAUUCUUCUCUCGUUUCACCUUCCCUCGAUCAUAUGCCAAAUGGAAUAGCCGCUUUAAAUGCAAUCUCUACUACUACCGAACCAAUUAUUUCAUCAUGAUUGUUGUCAUUCUUGGUUUGGGAUUCUUGAGGAGACCGGUUGCUAUUUUAGCUGCGAUGUUAACAGCACUUAGCAUUGCUUUUCUGAAUGAUAGCUUUGCUGGUACUUUUAGUGAGAAGGUGACAAGAACUGUGAGGCAAUUCUCUCCACAUUUAGCGGCUAAGAUGAGGCCUCCUCUUACGCCUGUGAUUCGUGGUCGUCCGUCAGCUAAAAGAACAAUUCACAUAUGUGGUCGGCCUCGUUGGGUCUUUGUCUUCGUACUCUCAACUGUGAGUUUCAUCCUUUGGUAUGUAUCCUGUGGUCUCUUGACUGUGCUCUGGGCGCUUGCCAUUGCACUCCUUGCCACUAUCCUCCAUGCAAGUUUUAGAACACCUAACCUGAAGGCUCGUCUUAACACUUUCCGUGAGGAGUUCCGUGCAGUUUGGCGCAAUUACAGUGAGCUGUAGCUCAUAUAGCCUAUAGCAUCCUCAGGCAGUGAAGGAAGGUUGUGAUAAUGUGGAAACUCGUACAACAUGUUAUUGUAAGGUUGGAUGGGUGCUGUUGAUGUUUCUAAAAAGAUAGCUUGUUUGGCUGAAGGCUGCUAAUCUUUGCAAUAGUGGAGAAGUUGUAAAUUGUCAGUACCUCAUUUGUUUCUGUAAAGCAGACCAUUUCUGUGUUGACUCCUUAUUGGAGAAUAUUUUUACUCAAUACCCCUUUGAGAAGGAAAAGAAGUGCAGAAUUUACCUAAGCAAUGAUAGUUGUUGGGACAGGAUUUAGCUACACUUGAUUCAUGAUUACUUGUAGUUCCUUUUGCGUGUGAAUUUAUUGCUAAGAUAGUGUAAAACCUGGUGCCUUGAGAAAAGAA